AUGUGAAAUAAGAAGCGUUGCAACUGAAAAAAAAAUCAGAGUUAGUAUUUCCGGGAUUUCAAUACUUGUUACAGAUUACUUGUAUCAUAAGUUUUUCGGAAUUGGGUUCAUCAAUGUGAGGACAAGAUAUAAUUGUGAACAAAUGCGACUAAUGCGUUACAGUUAGUUAGUUAUAGCCACAAACAACACCUAACUUGUUAGAAAGAUCCAGUAUUCCAGUGGUCCACCAGACAAUUAUAACAGAUGAGGAGCAUCUAUCAAUAAUUUAUUAUUUCAUACCCCAAAUUUAGUAACUUCCAAUUCUUCUAAAUAACUAAAAUAAAAAAAUAAAAAAGUAAUAAGUAAAAAAAUUAACAGAACAUCAGUUUCAGACUCUGAAAAAAGUGAUGGAAGAAAUAAGAAAACAGCUCUUACAGAAGCAUGCUGAUAGUAAUGAUAAGAUAGAUGAUGAAGCUGAUGAUGCGAAGCCAGCAGAAGCAGCAAUGGAUUCGACCUUGUCGUUGAUCACUCCAAUGCUGCUUCUCUCCGCUUUCAUUGCAGUUUUGGGAUCAUUUUCUUGUGGUUUUAUUGUGGGAUAUACAUCACCGGUGCAAGCUGAGAUCAUGAUGAAACUUGAUCUUUCAACAGCCCAGUAUUCUCUCUUCGGAUCAAUGGUUCCUAUAGGAGGGGCAUUAGGUUCUGUAGUAUGUGGCAAGUUAACGGAUUAUCUAGGUCGAAAACAUGUACUGCAACUAACUUCUGUAGUUUACAUCUUUGGCUGGUCUGCCAUAUCAGUAAGCCAGGGUGCAAGGCUGCUCGACUUGGGUAGAUUGAUGUUGGGUGUUACUUCGGGCAUUACAGGAUAUGCUAUUCCAGUGUAUAUAGCAGAAUUUACUCCCAAAGAUCUUCGAGGAGGGUUUGUGAUUCUCCAUGUGUUAAUGAUAACAGUCGGAGUAUCAACAGCAUUUCUCAUAGGACAAGUCACCUCUUGGUGUACCUUAUCUCUGAUUGGUAUUAUCCCGGGUCUUGUGCAGAUAGUUGGUUUAUUCUUCAUUCCAGAAUCUCCUAGAUGGCUGAUGAUGAUGAGCAAAAACAAGGAGUUCGAAGCAUCGUUGUUGUGUCUUAGGGGAGAUUUUGUCGAUAUCUCUCAGGAAGCAGCUGAUAUAAGGAAAUCUGCUAAAGCCCUUCAUCAAAUGAAGAAAGUCAGCAUCGUACAGCUAUUUCAAAAGAAAUAUGCUUAUGCACUCACAGUGGGAAUCGGUCUUUCAGCACUUCCUGCCCUUGUUGGUUUGAACGGGAUCAUAUUCUAUGCCAGUUCUAUCUUCGAUUCAGCUGGAUUUUCAGUAAAACUAGGAACUAUGGCACUGGCCUUAUUCCAGCUCCUAAGUGUGGCUUUCGGUAUAAUUUUGAUGGAUAAAUGUGGGAGGCGGCCUCUUAUUAUGGUUUCAGCAGCCGGUCUUUGCUUAGGUUGUUCACUAACAGGGCUCGCAUUUCUGUUUGAGGACCAUCACUUGCUGGGUGACUUCAGUCCUUACAUCGCGCUUAUUGGCAUACUGAUAUACGUUGCUUUAUAUCCAAUAGGUAUAGGUGGAGGAUCUGCUAUAAUUAUUUCCGAGAUAUUUCCCCUGAACAUAAAAUGGUCAGCUGGCAGUAUUGCUGCUGUAGUUACGAACCUAUCAUCAUGGAUUGUUUCGUAUGCUUUUAACUUUUCUAUGGAAUGGAGUUCCUCAGGGACAUUUUUCGUGUUAGCGGGUGUCUGUGUGUUUACACUGAUAUUUGUGGCAAAGCUGGUGCCAGAGACAAAGGGAAGGACUCUUGAAGAAGUUCAUAUGUCAACAUGUACUUCUAUUUAGCUAAAGUUCAAUUACUUUCAUCACCAAGCAAGUAUAGUUCAAAUUUAAUUUGUAAAAAAGAAAGAAAAGAAAAGAAAAGAAAAUGAUUAGAUUUAUAUUGGUCGUCUCUUAUCUUUUGAACCAAUUACCAACAUCUUAAAAUCUUAGAUCAACUAAAUAGGGUAGAGGAGUAAUUAGAUUUAUAUUGGACUACAUUCUAAAUAUAUUGCUUAAUUCUAUGAGUGUAUUUAGAUUCAACUUUUA